AUGGAUCUGCUUCAGAUAAUAAAACAGGUUCAAGAGUGGCUUAUGCUGACGACGUUUACAUUGGAGCAAGAUGUCGACUGGAUGCGCAACAAGAUAAAUGAGCUUACCGGCAGCUGCUUGGACCGUUUAGUCUGUAUUGUCCUGGAGCGGAAUAAUCAGAGUUCAGAGAGCAUCGAUUUACAGCUUUUUUCUGAAAGUGAAAAUCGUGACAUUGACCGAAAUAGCGUAGGGGAAGAAGAUAAUCCUUCGCAUGAUGAAAAUGUUUCAGAACGCUCAGAAGGUACAAGCCAGCAAGAGGCAUCAGCAACUGUGGAGACAUGGGCUCCAGUAUUUCUACAAGACAAGGUGAUCGCCCAUGACGACAAAGAUUAUAUGAAGGAAUUAGGUGUAUUCACUCGGUAUCUAAUCAAGUUAGUGGCGAACUUGUUGCUGUGUAACUUUUCUUUAUUUAAAGAUACUCAUGCAGGCCUAUGCCAGAGCAUAGUCGAAGAAAUCAAGGUUUUGAGACAGCGGUGA